AUGCCGAUGGUUAGAGUGGGUAGAGUCAAUAUCCAACUAGCCGACUCUAUGAAAUACCUGGGAAUCAUGGUGGAUGGAUCGUGGAAUUUUCGGUCUCACUUUUGUUAUGUUGAAUCCAAGGCGUCUAGGGUUAUUCGAGCCUUGAAUAGGCUUAUGCCCAAUUUAAGAGGUCCGGGGGAGAGAAAGCGGCAGCUGUUCGCUAAAGUCUUGACGUCAGUUGUUAUGUACGCGUCCCCGGUAUGGGCUGAGGCAUUUUCAUCUGCCUCGGAUCGAGUUGACCGCCCGCUGCGUCGCUUACAGCGAGCUAUUGCUAUUCGGAUGAUCGCUGGUUAUAGGACGGUAUCCUAUGACGCAGCGACCCUGUUGGCUAGAAAUCCUCCCUGGCCACUCGAGGCUACUAUGCGGAGCAGAAUAUAUAAUAGAAUCACGGAUUUAAGAGCUAGAGGUGAAUAUAGCCCCCAAACGGAUGCCGAAGUUCGCGAUGGGGAAUAUUUGUCACUUAUCCGCCAAUGGCAAAUAUCCCUAGAUAGGCCUGGAAUCUGGGGCCAAAAAACUGUCUCAGCAAUUCGGCCUCAUUUGCAUAGGUGGCUGGUGCAUAAAUUCGGCGAGAUAAACUUCUAUGGUGCCCAAAUGCUAACUGGUCAUGGUAGCUUUGGACUUUUUUUUUUUUUUAUGGAGGAUAAACAAGACGGAGGCACCGGCGUGUCGUCAUUGCCCUUCGGUGGAUGA